AUGUCAUCUCGCUCCGCCAUCUGUCGUUCUCCCUCCCUCGAGAAAAUUUCGGACGACAAAACUGCCUCCGCCAAGCCCAUCACUGCUGAUAUGGACUUGGAAAACACUCCCGCCAUGGCGGCGCCAUCGGGCGAGACAUCCAACCUUGAUCCGGCGAUGACUUCUGUACAGAGGGACUUCAUCAUCAUCUCCAGUGGAGUCGCGGCUGGCGCCACCGUCACGGUGGCUCUAAGGGUGUGGACACGUGCGGUAGUGGUCAAGCAUAUCGGGUUGGAUGACUACGCAGUUGUGGCAGCAUGGCUGAUGGGUAUCGGCUUCAUCGUUUGUUGCAUCCAAUGGAUGGAAUACGGUUUCGGAGAUCACCUAUGGAAUACCAGUCUUGCACAGGUUGUGAAAUAUGCUGAAUGGAGCAUACCAGUGGUCACUACUUACUGCUGGGCCCCCAUGCUCUCAAAGUUCUCCAUCCUGCUCACAUAUCGCCACGUCAAUCCGGACAAGCUCUUCCGGAUUGCCAUAUAUGUUCUUAUGGUCAUCAUCAUGGCAUACACUCUGGCGACUACCUUCGUUACCAGUGCAGGAUGCAAGCCUACAGAUCCAACGAAAGCCGAUUGCAUUGCAACAUUGGCUGUUGCGCAAGCCAUCUCCAACAUCGUGACGGAUGCAAUCAUUCCCAUUCCCAUGAUCUAUAAGCUACAUCUCCCGGUCGGACAGCGUGUAGUCCUCGGGGUAGUGCUGGCUGGCGGUUCUUUCGUCAUCAUCGCCAGUAUCGUACGUCUCGUCAUCAUCCAAAGGUUGCCCGGGAAACCAGACUUCACAUACGAGCAAGCAAAAGUCUGCAACUGGUCAUCCAUUGAGAUCAUGAUUGGAAUCAUGUGCCAGUGCAUCGUCACGCUCAAGCCUCUCGCCAAAAAGAUUGCGCCAAAGUUGAUCGGAUACUCGAGCGACAGAUCUGGGACGUCCAUCUGGAACAUGUUCUUCUCCUCUCGAGGCAGAUCACGUGGCACUCGGGGCCGCAGCCGAGGAGAUAGCAUCCCACUUGGCUCCGUUGAAGGGGGAGUAACGGUCUCGAAAGCAAGUAGAGCCAGGGAAGUGAAAAGCGAUACUGAGUGGCCUAGAGCUACGAACGAUGACGACAUUGUUAUCACGAGCACCUACAGCGUUCAAAGCGCUUAUGGUGUGCGGACUGGGAGCACAGAAAGCACGGAUAGCAUAAUGGGGAAGGGAGAAAACCGCAGUCGAGGGCGUGGCACGGUUGAGAUGGUGUGA